GCAGCUGCACCUCCCUUGACAAAGCAAGCUUGGUCAUCAGCCGUGCGGCUUUCCUUGCCCGGGGGCUUGCUUUAUUGUUCCCUUCCUUCUUGGAAAAAAAACCCAUGAAUUUUCAUGUUACUUGCCACGACUUCCUAAGCCUUAAUUGUGGAAGAGGAAAAAAAAGUUUCAGAAGGAGACAAACAACAAAAUGAACAAUCCAGCUAUUAAGAGAAUAACAAAUGAAAUUAUCAAAUCACCUGAGGAUAAACGAGAAUAUCGUGGACUGGAACUGGCAAAUGGCAUUAAAGCUCUUCUCAUUAGUGACCCCACCACAGAUAAGUCUUCAGCAGCACUUGAUGUCCACAUAGGAUCCUUGUCUGAUCCCCCCAACAUUGCUGGGCUUAGUCAUUUUUGUGAGCAUAUGUUGUUCCUGGGAACCAAGAAAUACCCAAAAGAGAACGAGUAUAGCCAAUUCCUAAGUGAGCAUGCUGGGAGCUCAAAUGCAUUCACGAGUGGUGAACAUACCAACUAUUACUUCGAUGUGUCACAUGAACAUCUAGAAGGUGCACUAGACAGAUUUGCCCAGUUUUUCUUGUGCCCUCUGUUUGAUGAAAGCUGCAAAGACAGGGAAGUGAAUGCUGUUGAUUCUGAGCAUGAGAAGAAUCUGAUGAAUGAUGCCUGGAGGUUGUUUCAACUGGAGAAGGCUACUGGAAACCCCAAUCAUCCCUUCAGUAAAUUUGGAACAGGGAACAAACUCACUCUGGAAACUAGACCAACCAAAGAAGGAAUAGAUGUCAGGCAAGAGCUAUUGAAGUUCCAUUCUACUUAUUAUUCGUCAAAUUUAAUGGCUAUUUGUGUCUUAGGAAGAGAAUCUCUGGAUGAGCUGACUUGCUUAGUGGUAAAGUUAUUUUCAGAAGUAGAGAAUAAAAAUGUCCCUAUACCAGAGUUUCCUGAACAUCCUUUCCAAGAAGAGCAUCUCCGGCAACUUUACAAGGUGGUACCCAUUAAGGAUAUUAGAAAUCUUUAUGUCACAUUUCCUAUACCAGACCUUCAGAAAUACUAUAAAUCAAACCCUGGCCAUUACCUUGGUCAUCUGAUUGGGCAUGAAGGCCCAGGGAGUCUUCUAUCAGAGCUUAAAGCCAAAGGAUGGGUAAAUACUCUUGUUGGAGGCCAGAAGGAAGGUGCUAGAGGUUUCAUGUUUUUCAUCAUUAAUGUGGACUUGACAGAGGAAGGACUUUUGCAUGUUGAAGAUAUUAUUUUGCACAUGUUUCAAUAUAUUCAAAAACUACGUACAGAAGGACCUCAAGAAUGGGUUUUCCAAGAGUGCAAGGAUCUAAAUGCUGUGGCAUUCAGAUUUAAAGAUAAAGAGCGACCACGAGGUUAUACAUCAAAGCUUGGAGGAAUGUUGCAUUACUAUCCAAUAGAAGAAGUAUUGGCUGCUGAGUAUUUGCUUGAAGAAUUCAGACCUGAUUUAAUAGAGAUGGUACUGGAUAAAUUGAGACCAGAAAAUGUUCGAGUUGCAAUAGUUUCCAAGUCUUUUGAAGGAAAAACUGAUCGAACAGAAGACUGGUAUGGAACACAGUACAAGCAAGAAGCGAUUUCUGAUGAAGUUAUUAAGAAAUGGCAAAAUGCUGACUUGAAUGGGAAAUUCAAGCUUCCGAUGAAGAACGAGUUCAUUCCUACAAACUUUGAGAUUUUACCAUUGGAAAAAGAUGCAACACAGUACCCUGCCCUUGUCAAGGACACUGCUAUGAGCAAACUAUGGUUCAAGCAAGAUGACAAAUUUUUUUUGCCGAAAGCUUGUCUCAACUUUGAAUUUUUCAGCCCAUUUGCUUACGUGGAUCCCUUGCAUUGUAACAUGGCCUAUUUGUACCUUGAACUACUCAAAGACUCCCUCAACGAGUAUGCAUAUGCAGCAGAACUAGCUGGCUUGAACUAUGAUCUCCAAAAUACCAUCUAUGGGAUGUAUCUCUCUGUAAAAGGUUAUAAUGACAAGCAACAUAUCUUGCUCAAGAAGAUCAUUGAGAAAAUGGCUACCUUUGAGAUUGAUGAAAAACGAUUUGAAAUCAUCAAGGAAGCGUACAUGAGAUCACUUAACAACUUCAGGGCUGAACAGCCUCACCAACAUGCAAUGUAUUAUCUCCGACUCCUGAUGACAGAAGUUGCUUGGACCAAAGAUGAAUUAAAAGAAGCUCUAGAUGAUGUCACCCUUCCCCGUCUCAAGGCCUUUAUAGCACAACUGUUGUCACGGUUACACAUUGAAGCUCUUCUCCAUGGCAAUAUAACAAAACAGGCUGCGUUAGGAAUUAUGCAGAUGGUUGAGGACACACUUAUUGAGCAUGCUCAUACAAAACCACUCCUUCCCAGUCAGCUAGUGAGAUACAGAGAAGUUCAACUUCCUGACAGAGGUUGGUUUGUAUAUCAACAGAGAAAUGAAGUUCAUAACAAUUGUGGCAUUGAGAUCUAUUACCAGACAGACAUGCAGAGCACUUCUGAGAAUAUGUUUUUGGAACUCUUUUGUCAAAUUAUCUCAGAGCCAUGCUUCAACACCCUGCGCACCAAGGAACAAUUAGGUUACAUUGUGUUUAGUGGUCCACGUCGGGCAAACGGCAUACAAGGACUGCGAUUUAUUAUCCAAUCUGAAAAGCCCCCCCACUAUUUAGAAAGCAGAGUUGAAGCGUUCUUAAAGACUAUGGAGAAAUGCAUAGAAGAUAUGACAGAAGAGGCCUUCCAAAAACAUAUCCAAGCUUUAGCAAUUCGUCGUCUAGACAAACCAAAGAAGCUGUCUGCAGAAUGUGCUAAAUACUGGGGAGAAAUCAUUUCCCAGCAGUAUAACUUUGACAGAGAUAACAUUGAAGUGGCUUAUCUAAAGACCCUGACCAAGGAUGAUAUUAUACAGUUCUACAAGGUGCUGUUGGCAAUAGAUGCUCCCAGAAGACACAAGGUAUCAGUGCACGUCCUUGCAAGGGAAAUGGAUUCCUGCCCUGUUGUUGGAGAAUUUCCAUGCCAAAAUGAUGUGAACCUGGCACCAGCACCGCCACUACCACAGCCAAGUGUGAUUGAAAACAUGACAGAAUUCAAGCGCAGUCUGCCGCUCUUCCCACUGGUGAAACCACAUAUCAAUUUCAUGGCUGCAAAACUGUGAAGAACCCCACGGGAUGAAGAAAUGCCGAUGAGCAGUACUGACAUGGUUUCAGGGGACUUCGUGAUGAACAAAAUUAUUAAAGAUCAUUAGGAUAAAUGGUUCUGUUCAUGAUGAAAGUCCCAAAUUCCUUCUUGGUUCGUUUGACAUUAGCUGUGUGUUAGGGAUAGAGAGUAUAUAAAAAUCAGUUGUGGUCAUGUGUCAUUUAUAUUACAGACAACCUGUUGAAAAACAAAAUCAACUGAAACAAUAAUAAUAAAAAACUUGUAGAUGCAGUAUAUUUUUUAAAAUAGCAUAUCCCUUCAAAUUUUCAUUUUGAUGAAAUAACCCUCCAGAGCAAACUAAAUUGCUUGAAAUGUGCUUGUUACUUCUGAAGAAUACUGUUUAGUAUCCCAAUAAUUAUCUUAUUGGGGGCUGGAGGGGGUGAGAAAAGUAAGUCCUUUUUGGGAUGGAGUCAACAAUUUUUCUUAAAAAUAGAGACUUCCACAUUUUUUUUAAGUGGCGUGUUGAAUGAUACUUUUUUAAUUGAUCCUUAAUGCAACCAACAUAUUUUCUAUUUUAAGUUUUAUGAAGACCAGUGGGGGGGGAAAAAAGGAAAUUUGACAACACAGUAGUAAGUGAGAGAAUUGUCUUAAUGAGAAUAACUGAAGAUAAGGGCAUGAUUUUAAUCUUUCUAUACAAAUUUGGGGAGAUUUUAUAUUAAAACUAGUAAAAUGCUGGAAACACUUUUAAUAGUGCGUCUUAUUUUUGUUAUCAGAAAUGUUGUCCCAGUCUCUUCAUACUAUCAACAUCUUGUUCAGUUUUUCAGUGUUACUGUGGAUUUUUUCCAUCUACUAUAUCAAAUCCUUUAUUUGCUGUCAUUUUUUGUUUUCAGUUGCACAUGUACUGAUGGAGAACUCAGUCUGGUUUUCCUCAUUUGUUAUGUUAGGUCUCAACCCAGCAAAGCACUCACUAGUGCAAAUAACUUCAAACACACACUGGUUCUUCCUUCAAGAACAGGUGAAUGUCAAAUACGGGCCCUGUAAUGAAUCAGAUACAUCAUUAUCCUGAUACAUGUGUGGGUCCUUCCUGUCCUUCAGGAAGGCACUUGGGACAGUGCAGUGCUGGGUUAGCAGUACUGCAUGUGCUCCAGGUUACAUCACAAAAGACUUGUUCCUACUUCUUGUAAGAAGGCUGCACAAAACUCAGAAGGAUCAAGAAUUAUGCUGAAACACUGUUUGUGUGUGUGUAUAUAUAUAUAUUACAUAAUUUAGUAAAAUGGUAAAACAAUAUAUGGUGUCUAGUCUUCACCAUCUUUACUGACUCCUGACUUCUGCAGAGUGGUCUUGUGCUUGGGACAGCCCCCAGAUAGAAAAAUAUAAGGAACUUAAAGUUCUUCUAUCUCUGCAAUACAUAAAAUAGAUGGUAAUUAUUGAGACAGAGAGAGUAUGCAAAGCACUGAAGAUAUAAAAUCCGCUCAGCAGGAGGUUUAGUGAGAAUUUGCUUCUUAUUAUAAAAGAACCUGAAAUUAAAGCCCUGAUGUGACACACAUGUCUGUGACACAUCAGAAUCCUGGUAUAGUCAACAGGGCUGUUCCUGUAAUUGAGUCAAUGUUCAUUCUUACACUGGCUCUGAAGCCAAAUUAAAUGACAGGGUAAGGGCCUUAAGUUGCAUUUAUCUGAGAGUCUCUUCUAGCUGAACAAAUAUGGUGCUCUUAAAAUUUGUUUUAAAGGUUAACAGCACAUGUUUCAACAUCUUUUUAAUAAAUUUGAUGGUAAUUUGUGAUGUAACCUGUUGCCAAGGAAAGGCACUAGUAUUUUUUUAGCCUGAGAAGAAAAAAAGUUAAAUGUAAUCCAAGCAAAACCAGUGAAGAUGUCUCUGUUCACCCCAUUUUUCAUGGAUCUUUCACAUAAAAUGGGCUUUUUACCUUCUUGCAUUUCACUUUUGUUUAUAGUUUUCCUUUAGUAAAAGUAUUUGUAUUAUAUAUAUUAAAAGUUUUGACAACAUAUAAAAAUAUAUAUUUUGGGAUUUAGUAUUUAAACAUACCACUCGUACAGUGAAUAAAAUGAAAUGGCUUCUAUUGUGUGUAAAAAUAAAUAGAUAUAUAUAUUCAUGGAAGUACUAUCAACUCUUAAUUUUAACAAAUUAUAUAAAUAAAUUGGAAUAGCAGUGUAUUUAACACAAAUCAUGUUUUCCAGCAGAAAAAAUUUAGAACUUCAAAGUUCUGUGACUGGAUGUGGAAACCCAUGUAAUUUUCCAACAACUCUUAAUUGCUUUUAAGUGUUCCUCCAGCAUUUUACAGUUUCUGAGUUUGAUAUAGCAGUAAAUUUUGAUAAACUCAGGCAUACUAAUGGGUUCAUUUUAAUGGAUCCAGAGCUGCAGUGUCUACAAGCAAUAAAGAACUACCUAGAAUACACUGUAAUUCAAUUUUAGUGCUUGUUAAUUAGUUUAUGUAAGAAACCAUAAAUUAUUAUUACAUAACUGUAAUUUUUGCAAGUGCUAUUUUAAGCAGUUGAUGUGGAAUUGGGUGCAUGUGACACAGCCAGUAUGACAGAGUGCUAGAGUUAUUCUGUUUACAAUAAACAAUCUGAAUUUAAUGUUUGGAGUUCUUAAUUUGUUUUAUUUUAAUUUUUUGCAUACUGGUGAUGUUACAUCUGUCAGUCUGUGCAUGUUUUCUAUUACACGUUAACUGUGAUUUUCCGCUCUCCAGUUGGACUAGUUAGGCUGAGUAGCAUUGCUGCAGAAGUGCUUCCAGGCACUUCUAGGGAAGUUUCAGAGGACUUCCCCAUGUGACAUCACACACCUUUUAGCUAGAUCCACCUCUGUUGCUCUCUGAGUGUAUGAAAACUUAAUAAUAUAAAGGUAGAAAUAUUUGCACAAGACAGAAUUUUAAUUAUCAAAUCUGAAGUUGUAAAUAUAGGGAAUUACUGCGGCCAGACUGAAUUGUGCCUAGUGCAGCUUUACAGUGUUGCUUUUGAGGAACUGCUUUCCCUGGUCAUUUUCUUUGUUCUAUGCACACCAAAAGAUUAUGUUUCAAAAGGUUAGGAGUGUGUGAUUGUUAGAGUAGUAAAUAGUGUCAAUUCUGACAGCACAAAGAUACAAGUCAGCAAGCCCUUCUGGUGUUCUGAGGGGGCUCCUUGAAAUAAUAUAUGACAGGUAGCAACAUUAAAAGAGACAGGUUUUGUCCUUGGCAUUGGGAAGAGUGGUUGUCACUCUCAGUGGAGAAAUAAAAUGCCAGCAGCCCACCUGGAAAAUUAUUUGUCCCCAACAUCAGGGCUCUCUCUGCUCCUAGUCAUUAGGGGUUGGUGUAAAUCUUGACUCGUUGACUUUACUGUUUUUUACAAAAAAUCAUACUCUCCAAGUCUAUGUUAACUAUUAUUGUUGGCCAUAAAAAAUGCUUGAGCUUUUUCAGAUUAUUUAAGCGCUUGGAUGUGAGGAGCCCUUAUUGAUAAUGUGUUCCACAGUGUCAUCAUAACAACUGGAGAAAGCAUUACACACCUCUUAAACUUCGUUUAUUAUUAUCUAGCUCUUGUUUUAAAAUAAGAUCAGCAGAAUUUUACCUUUUCUCUCCCACUUAACUGGUUAGUAUGCUUUUGCUAUAGGUCUGCUGUAAAGUGAAAAAUCAUUAUUUUCUACACCUUCAUAUGGUUUUUCCCUAUUUUUUUAGUAUGUGACCACUGAACUGAUAUGGUCAUCCACAGUGACUCCUGGGACGUUCGCUUGAGCUGAUACCUAAUGUGAUAUUGAAAUCCAGCUCUGAAAUACUUUGUUUUCAAGUUGUUUUUUUAUAUUGUUGCUAAUGCAAGGCACCUCUGGGCUAUUUUAAAGUAGAGAUCGGAAAGUGAGGCACCUUUGAUACCUUUCCUGAAAUUUCAGAGGAAGCCUGGCCUAUGUAGAUUCUGCUGAAAGGCUUUUAUUUGAAACAUUUCUAUUUACCGUUCAAAGAAUAUACUCAUAAAGUUACAGUAUGUGCUGUGGGUUGAAAUCUGAAUUGCAGUUCAAAGGAACAAAGUGUGUAAGGCCAAAGGCACAGCAGAAUGUCGCAAUUGAAUCAACUUCUUUGAACUUGAGCAUCUAAACAGAAUUUAAGACUGAAAAUAUUUAUGGCUUCUCAAAUUAAUAUUUCUAAGCCCCCCCAAGGCUGUUAACUGAAAGCACAGCAUUAAAGGAUGUAGGCACAACAGUGCUGAGCAUUUACCACUGCUAAGACUCUCUCUUUAGUGGUACAGUGCAAAAUCCUGAAUUAAAUUCCUUGACUGUGCAUUGGAUGAGGGAAGAUAACACAGCUCCGAGUGCAAGGAAGUGACUAGGCAUAGCCAGUGGGAAACUCCAGUGAGAGGCAUCCAAGUUUAAAUCCUACAUCUUCCUGAGGUUUUGCCACCACCUUACUGUGUGUUAGAUGUGCUUCCUUCUGCUUCAGAUUUCUGUUACAGAUUUUCACUGUCUGCUCAGCUUCCCUUUCAAGAAGGGGAGCAAGGAAUUGUGGUACUUACCUAGUGACUGCCAAAGACAUGUAAAAUUUUACUGGAGCAGCAGCUGGAACUCAGGAGCCCCUUCCCCCCCUUCCCUCCACCCAUACACAGAACUGAGUGUCCUGUGGUAGGUGUGGGCUCAGACACACAUAUACCCUGGUGGUGAAUGCUUACAAAAUUAGAACACAUUCCACAGAAGGGAACGAGAAGGUCCUCAGCCUACAUUAGUAACCUUCUGGGAAGCAGGAAAAGUAGGCUAGGGAAAAUUCUAACAGAAGAUGGAAAUGAGGUUGAUGUUCUGGUAACUUGACUAAGCACUGUGUUGUGGCUUAGAGGAGCAUGUGUUUAUAUGAAGUCUGCUGUAAAGGAUGGAAUCCUGUGAUGGGAGGGAUAGAAGAAGAGCUGCGUGUGAAUUCCAGGGAGAUGUAGGAGACCAAUAACUAAUGCUUUUUAUAUUGUUAAGGCUGAGUAAUUUCAGAGCAUGUGCAAAAAUUGUGUUCUGUGAUAUUGGACAUAGGAAAUGUGGGUGUGUACAAAUGUCAGUGAAAACUGAGCCUGGACUUGGAAGAUGCAAAUUUUGGAUGUGAUGCCUUUUAGUGGACAGAAGUCUUAAAAAUUUCCUGAAUAGCAUUAAAGUGAUGCACCUGAUAAGGCAAUGUUGGAACUAGUUUAUAAAACACCCGAAAUAUGGAAACAUUUCAGUCAUAGUGCUCAAAAAAUGGUUUACGUGGUCUUUCUGAAACUUUCCGACUGGCUUUGGCAUGAAGUAAGUUUAGCAGGACAGGUUUCUACCCGAAUGAUUAUUUGUGCAUGUGUGUUAAAGCCAGGGAAGUUCACAAGAUUAGUGCCCAUCAGCUGUCAAAACAGUUCAACAUCUCACUUUAUCCUGUUGUCAUUACAGUAACUUUGAGCCUACUGAUACUUGUGUAUUCCAAGCCUUCUGCAGCGCCAGGGGAAAAAGUGUUUCUUAUGACCAGUUUCUUAUAACCACUUAUUGCAAGUGAAGUGACUUGUUUUGACUAUGAGAUAUCAGUAUCAUUCACUGGCACAUACCUGUUAUGUGUGAAGCUUCAGGAGUCUGAAAAAAAAAUCUAUGCAAAUAAUUCAGUUCACAGAUUUGAUUAAUACUGAUUUCCAGAUAAAAUCAUAGGAAGAGAAUUGUGACAAUUCUGCAGCACUGAAUGUCUUUUAGUAACACAGGAAUCUGUAUGUAUAACUGGAUCUGUCAUCUCCACAAGCUGAUUGUUUAGUUCUGAUACUCUUUUGUGUCAUCCUCAGAGAUGCCACUGUUCACCUCACGUUGUGUCGUGUCUCUCUGACCAAGGUGAAGUGACCAGAUACUCCCAUUGCCACACCAGCCAAAAGUGUCAUUGGUGUCCCUUUAGCACUGCCACAUACCGUGUGUGGGCUGCAUGUGUGUGCUCUAGGAUAUUUCUGUCUAUGUUUAGAGCUUAUCUUCUAAUUGUAAAUCCAUAAAAUUAUAAAAGAUGGCACCUGCAGUACGUCCAAACCUGAAGGCCCACACUGGGCUGCUGUUGGAGUUCAGCAAAAUGGGAGAUUUAAGCAAGUAAAACUAUUGCAGAAAUAAUUUGAAAACAGGUGCUACUCAACUGCAGCAGGACACUGAUCUGCUGAUGUAUGCACAACAUGAUUCUAUUGCUGUGAAUAAUCUAAUAAAAAUGUACCUUAUGCAGCCUUUUCCUGGAAGCAGGAAGAGUGGAAUACUUGAGUGGAAUAACUCGUAAGCUCUGUGUAACUUGAAGAAUGCAUAUAUAAAGAAUGCUUGUAGUUUGGAUUGUCCACUUGAAUUUAAGUGUCAGUAAUUGUUAAAGAUGUUAUGAAUGUGAAAAUGCAAAAGAUUGUAUUAAGCUCAAUGUAUACAAAGUGUAAGUGUGAGCUGGGGUGCUGGCCCACACUGUGAGCCACCUCAUAGAAAUAGUGUUGAAAUGAAAGAUAAUGCAUAUAAGUUGAAAGCAACCAGUUGCAUGCCAUUUUGCACUUCUUGUCUGAUAAUCAUGUCUGUCUGUCGCGUCAUUGUGUAUAAAUUAUAAAUUCCUGUGAAAAGGG